AUGGUAGCGAAAGCCAGUGUGAACAUUCUCCAAUCACAAAGUAGCACAUGUGAUUAUCGUUUUGUUGGUCGUUGGUACAAGGUCGUUGUGCCGAGAUUGUGGUUGCUUAAACUAUUGUCAUUUUCGCCUCAGAUAAGGUGGACACUUUCGACAGUCGUGAUUGGCGGGGAACUUUCACACAAUGAAUGGCUACAAGUUCAGUAGAGACAAGAUCCCAUCUUGGAAAUAUGUUACAACAUGCAAUAGUAUGAUGAAUGAUUGACGAUGCUGCAAAAACCACCCGAGAUGGUGUUGUAUGAAUCUUGUUUCACGAAAGUCUUUCAUUAUGUUUUAACCGUAAUAAAGAGUAAAGACAUUGA